AAUGUUAACGAUACCGGAUAAACUUGUGAAAUGCGUCGGUUUAAAUAACACCGGAGAAGCGGUUCCUCUCCUGUAGGGAUGUUGUGAGAGCGGAAAAAAAAGAAAGAAGGAAAAAAAAAGUCUCGCAUUUGAACUUCAUUUGGCUGCAUAUAUGAGGAAGCUGCUAAAACCAUCGAGUCGGCGUCAGCAGCAAGUGCACUUUGCGAGCAAGUGUGUUUAGACCGACGGGGUGUUUCUUGUUUACAGCCUCAUGUUCCCCCUGUCCCGCUGAGGUGAAUUUAUGCGUUUGUCCCGACACAUUGCCUCACACUGGUGCUGUUUUUUUGUGUGUGCUCUAAGCUGCGUUGAGGAGAAAGGGAGGUAGGGUGGUGCAGCAGCAGCAGUCCCAGCAUCAUCACCACCACCACCACCACCAUGCACCGCUCCAGUCGGCGGCUGCCUGCCGCUCACCUGUAGCAUCCAACCGGCAACAUGGCGAACACGAGACACGGUACCCAGGACCGGAGAGACAGCCGCUGCGGUGUGUCUGGAGAGGCCAUAGUGGAGAAUGGCUGUGUAGUGACAGAGCUGACUCCCUCUGACCUGCACGAUCACACCAACCACCACGGCCGCGAGGCCAGCAUGAACCCGUACAGCCAGCCCGUCCUGCCCAGCUACAAGCCGUCCUGCUCCUCCACCCCCAUCUACUACUGCAGCCCCCAGAAGAGCUACUCGGACCUGAACCAGGACAGCAGCAGCUUGACUUCCCAGGACUCGGGCAUCCCGACUCUGGAGAUCAACCCUCCGGAGCCCAUCCUCCAUGCCCACCAACGCCCAGGCGACGGGGACUCCAGUCACUACUCUCCUGCCACUCUAACUCUGGAUGAAGAUCCCUGCGAUGGCAGCUCCAUCCGCAAGUCCUCCACUUUCCCCCGCAGCGGCUACGACUCCAUACGCCUCUUCAGCCCCGCCCUCAGGUUAUCCGCCACCGCGGGGAUGGGUCUCGGCGGCGGCGGCGGCGGCGCUUUAAACCGCAGCGAUGACAUCUCUGUGUGCAGCGUGUCCAGCAUGAGCACCGAGCUGUCGGCCUCCAACGAAGACAUCUUGGAUUUCACGGUCACGUCGAGCUCCAGCGCCAUCGUGAACUUGGAGACGGACGACAGUGGCGGCGCUCAUUUCUCCGACGUGACGCUGUCGUCAUCAUCGUCGCCGUCGCCGGGACGCCCCAGACACUUCUGGAGUCCGGGGUCUGGUGACUCGCAACAGGAAGAGGAUGGCCGGCAAAAGAAACUGGGCCCUCUAGCAAGCUUAUUCAACAGGAGCCUGUUUGCCAGGAAGGUGAAGGACAGUCGGCCAGUGGAGCAGAGGGAUCCAGGCUGGAAGCUGUUUGGGAAAGUCCCACUGCGAGAAGGCCCCAUUAAGGACCCUAAGAGAAUACAGAAGGAAUAUGAAACAAAGAGUGGCAGAGCUGGACCUGGCAACCCAACGUCUCCCAGGCACAGUGUGAGGAAGAACCUGGACUUUGAGCCCCUCUCCACCACCGCACUUAUACUGGAGGACAGGCCUGCCAAUCUGCCUGCCAAGCCAGCCGAGGAGGCACAGAAACACAGACAGCAGUAUGAAGAGAUGGUGGCCCAGGCCAAGAAGAGAGAGUUGAAGGAGGCUCAGAAGAGAAAGAAGCAGCUGGAGGAUCGGUGUAAGCUUGAGGAAAGCAUCGGCACAGCCGCCCAGAUCUGGAACCAAGAGAUCUUACCUAACUGGAGUACAACGUGUACAACUCGAAGAGUGAGAGACCUCUGGUGGCAGGGCAUCCCCCCCAGUGUGAGAGGCAAAGUGUGGAGCCUGGCUGUGGGCAACGAGCUUAACAUCACACACGAGCUGUAUAGCAUCUGUCUGGCCCGGGCAAAAGAGAAGUGGAGCACCACGCCAGCACCUUCCUUAGAGACUGAAGCGGAAGAUGCUGGUUCGUCAAACCGGGAGUCGAGCCUGGAGCUGAUCAAGCUGGACAUUUCAAGAACCUUCCCCCAACUGUGUAUCUUCCAGCAGGGCGGGCCAUAUCAUGAUGUGCUGCACAGCAUUCUGGGAGCAUACACUUGUUACCGGCCAGACGUCGGCUACGUGCAGGGAAUGUCGUUCAUCGCAGCAGUGUUGAUCCUGAACCUGGACACAGCUGAUGCCUUCAUAGCUUUCGCCAACCUGCUCAACAAGCCCUGUCAGAUGGCCUUCUUCAGAGUCGACCACAGCCUUAUGUUGACUUACUUUGCUGCAUUUGAAGUGUUCUUUGAAGAAAACCUACCAAAGCUCUUUGCACAUUUCCAGAAAAACAACUUGACCCCCGAUAUUUAUUUAAUCGACUGGAUCUUCACCCUGUACAGCAAGUCUCUGCCGUUGGACCUGGCGUGCCGGGUGUGGGACGUGUUCUGCCGGGACAACGAGGAGUUCCUGUUCCGCACGGGUCUGGGCCUGCUGCGCCUCUACCAGGACGUCCUGACCACCAUGGACUUCAUCCACAUGGCUCAGUUCCUCACGCGCCUGCCCGACCUCAUCCCCGCCGAGCAGCUCUUCCAGCACAUCGCCGCCAUCCACAUGACCAGCCGCAACAGGAAGUGGGCGCAGGUCCUGCAGGCGUUACAGAAAGAUCCGGAGCGAGGCAGCCCGGUGCUGAAGCGCUGAGCUGAGAUCAGAGGAAAAGCAUCACACAUUACCAGACUCGAGCAGACCGACCCCCACCCCUCCGCCCC